GGAACUCUCUCUCUCUCUCUCACACUCUUACGUGUGUGUGACUCUCUCUCUCUCUCUCCUCACACACUCUCAAAUCUCUGUGCCCUAGAUCCAUGGCUUCCCUCUCCAAACCCUGGAGGGUGCUCUAGGGUUUCAAUCCUACACUCUCUCUCUCUCUGUGAGUUUGGUGCUUGCAAGCUGUGCCUCUGCUGCAGUAGAGCUAUUGUUUUCAAUGUACUGUAAGUUAAUUGAAGAUUCUCACAGAUUUUGUGUGAAGCUUUUACUUUUGGGAUUUUAGGGUUUGGGUUUUGCAAUUUUAGUUGGGGGGUUUUAUUUUCUGUGAAUUUUUGCUAGUUUGUGGUUUGGAAUAGUGGAGUGAAAUUCUAGUGGAAGAGAACCGUGCUUUUGUUGGCAUUGUGGAUUGGUUUUUACUCAGUUGUGUCAAGGUUUUCAAGAUUCUAGGGUUUUGUUUCUGCUAAUUGCAAGACUUCUACUUUCUGAGUAGUGAAAAUUGGUUGAUUUGAUACUAGUGUUGAAUUCAAUGCUUAUUUAAGAUAACUUUUUUUGUUUGGAAAUUUGCCAAUUAUGGGCAUGGAAGAAGAGGAAAAUAGUGCUAAAAUUGGAAGAUUUGAGGGGUGAAUAUUGAUUCAAGAGGUGAGUUUUGUUGUUGGGGGUGGUUUUGGUGCACAAUGGGUUGCCUUUGUUGCAAGCCCUCUGCUAUUGAGGAUAGCAAGGAGAGCCCAAGAGAGCGGUUCUCGAGCAAGGCCUCCUCGGACUUGCGGGGGUCCAGGGUGACCUCGUCGAGAAGGGAGGAAGUGCAUCGAGCAAAGGAUCGAUAUGAUAGUAAUGAUGGGAGGGCAAUGUUGAUUGAUAAGCAUGCGAAUGGCUCACUUCGGUUACACAGUGAGCAUUUUGAGAGGAAGAGGGAGAAAAUGGAGUAUGUUGUUGCUCAACAUCCGGGGAUGGGUAGUAUUCCAAAAGCAACGGAAGGGGAGCAGGUUGCAGCAGGGUGGCCGUCAUGGCUGGCUGCAGUUGCUGGAGAGGCUAUUAAGGGAUGGACACCACGGCGUGCAGAUUCUUUUCAGAAGCUGGAUAAAAUUGGCCAGGGAACUUACAGUAAUGUAUAUAUGGCUCGUGACCUUGAACAUAAUAAAACUGUUGCUUUAAAGAAAGUAAGGUUUGAUAACCUGGAACCUGAGAGUGUUCGCUUUAUGGCUAGGGAAAUUCACAUUCUACGUAGGCUUGAUCAUCCAAAUGUAAUUAAACUGGAAGGUCUAGUUACAUCAAGGAUGUCUUGCAGCUUGUACCUUGUUUUCGAGUACAUGGAACAUGAUUUGGCAGGGCUGGCUUCACACCCUGGUCUCAAAUUUACAGAAGCACAGGUCAAAUGUUACAUGCAGCAACUUUUACGGGGAUUGGAUCAUUGUCACAGCCGUGGCAUUCUGCAUCGUGACAUAAAGGGUUCCAACCUUCUAAUUGACAACAAUGGCAUCUUGAAGAUUGCAGACUUUGGUCUGGCUAGUUUUUUUGAUCCCCAUCAAAGUCAGCCACUUACAAGCCGUGUUGUAACUCUUUGGUACCGGCCACCAGAGCUUUUACUUGGAGCCACUUACUAUGGAACGGCAGUAGAUUUAUGGAGUACAGGUUGUAUACUUGCUGAAUUAUAUGCUGGCAAGCCUAUUAUGCCUGGAAGAACUGAGGUCGAGCAAUUACAUAAAAUUUUCAAGCUUUGUGGCUCACCUUCAGAGGAUUAUUGGAGAAAAUCUAAGUUGCCUCAUGCAACCAUAUUUAAGCCCCAGCAACCUUACAGACGCUGUGUGGCGGACACAUUUAAGGAUUUCCCUGCUCCAGCGUUAGCAUUAAUGGAGACCUUACUUUCCAUAGAUCCUGCUGAUCGUGGAUCUGCAGCUUCUGCACUCAAAAGUGAGUUCUUUACAACAAAACCACUUCCUUGUGAUCCUUCGAUCUUGCCAAAAUAUCCUCCUAGCAAAGAGUUUGAUGCAAAAAUACGGGAUGAAGAAGCCAGACGACAAGGAGCAGCAGGAAGCAAGGGCCAGAGAAUUGACCUUGAAAGGAGAGGAACAAGAGAGUCACGAGCCAUUCCAGCUCCUGAUGCCAAUGCUGAAUUAGUCUUGUCAAUGCAGAAAAGACAAGGUCAGUCCAACUCUAAGAGCCGUAGUGAAAAGUUUAACCCUCAUCCUGAAGAAGUUGCUUCUGGAUUUCCAAUUGAUCCACCUAGACCAUCACAAGCUGUGGAAGGAAGUAUGGAAACCCAGGAGCAUCACCAUAAGAGAGCCUCCCAUUCAGGGCCACUGGCUCACCGAGCUGCAUGGGCAAAGGCUGGGAAGAACCUGGAGGAUGCUGCAAAGAUUUCAACUGGGGCUGAGUUGUCAACAAUGUCAAGUUUUGGGGAAGCGAGGAGGAUGUCUGAAGAUCGCAGACAGAGGUCUAAUUCUUCACAACCAGAAAUUGCAAAAUUUAUAGGCAGGUUUCCAGGAUCCUUUAAGGAGGGCUCAGAUUUUGUGACACAACAAGAUCAAAAGCUUCACUCACAGGGAAUUGCAGGUUCUCAUAAAAAAGAAGAUGCAAAAUUCAACAACAAAGACCCAAUUCUUCUUGGUUAUGGGUCAAAGGGUCACAAAAUACACUACUCUGGCCCAUUGAUGGUUCCAUCUGGCAACAUGGAUCAGGUGCUGAAGGACCAUGAUCGGCAAAUCCAAGAAGCUGUUAGACGUGCACGCCUCGACAAGGCAAAGGUCAGAAAAGCACAUGUUGAAGGGAAUCAAAUAUCAACUAAUGCAUUAUUUGUUUCUGGUCGUUGAACUGGUUGAAGUGAACCCCAAAUAAAGCCAAGCAUCUUCAGGAUUCAGGAAGAUCACCGCAUACAAUUUGGCUGGUGAUUUUCUCUUGCAGACAAUGCAAGUUAGUUAUUGGGUGGGGUUUUUUUGUAUAGGUCUUAGAAGGAGCGCUAGUGGCCAUUUUUAGCUAAGCUUAAAGCUUAUUGAGAAAUCUCUCUCUCUCUCUCUCUCUGCAAUUGAUCGCAUAUAUUUUCUUUCUACUUUUCAACUGAUAUUGCUUAAGUAUGGGCCAUUCUUGUAGAUCUUAUUUAUUAUUAUAAGCUGUAGAGUAUUUAGAAAAUAUGACGUCUUUCAUGAUGAAAAGAGUAAGAUGUUGCAUCCUCCA